CAAAACCAUGAAAUAAACUUAAAAGGCAACCAUUUUAACUUUAAAUAGUUUUUAGUAAUUUGAUUCUACAAGUUCAAUUGUUGUGCUAAUCGCUCAAUAAAAUUCAGUUUCUUCAUCUCACGUAAACACACCAUAGUGUAUUAUUUACGAAACUGGGACAAGUUAGAAAGUUGAACACGUUUCUACCAUAGCACCGUUGUAAAUGACUAAAUACAAAAACACUUUAUACAGAAUUAACUUCAGUCAGGACAAGACGUUUUAAACUAUAGAGCCAGAAUGCUCAAUAUAUUAGAUAUAAUAUUUGUCGGUUUAGCUUCAGCAAUAACGUUUACAGGUUUCUUAAUUAACAACUUUGAGAAACACGUACCGGCAUUUAUAAUAAAAGGUUUUAAAUAUGGGAGCUUUGCUUACAAGGGACCAGAAGCUAAUUUCCUCAAUGUUAUUGAAAUACCAAAGUCUUGGUACAAGCAUUUUUAUUUGUUUGCAUCUUGCUUUGGCAGUGCAACACUUGCUUACAUAUUUCUCGUGUACCACUUUGAAUAUAAUGUGAAUAGAUAUGUGUCCUUAAUCUUGAGAAUAUUUCUGGAACAGGAUGCACCUGCUGUGUCAGCAGCAGCUGUAACUAUAGCCACCGCUCUGAUGAUUCUGCAAUGCUUAAGGAGGUUUUACGAGACCUAUUUCCUCCAGGUGUUUGCUAAAUCAAGCAAAAUGAACUUAAGCCACUAUCUAGCUGGCAUCAUCCAUUAUUUUGCCUGUUAUGUUGCUGCUAUUGGCCAAGCACCACUUUUCUGUGGGAGCCAAAACAGAGGGAUAGUCAUAUGGAAUGACACUCAUACAAAGAUAUUAGCUGUACCAUGCAUACUUAUUUACAUGUGGGCUUGGUACGAACAAUACCAGAGCAACAUCAUCUUUGCGAACUUACGCAAAGACAAAAAGUCAGGUCAAGUGAUUACGGAAGACCACAGAGUACCAAACGGCAGGUUGUUCCAUUAUGUAUCCAGUCCUCACAGGAUGUGCGAGGUGAUACUGUACACGGCUCUUCUACUUUUGAUACCAACAAGAACAUUUUUCUGCAUUUAUCUGUGGGUACUGGCAAAUCAGGUCCAGACUGCAAUUCAAGCUCAUGAGUGGUAUAAGAAAACAUUUGAAAACUAUCCUAAAAACAGAUUCGCCAUAUUCCCGGGACUUGUUUGAAGAUUCCUUCAACAUUUAUACCUAGAUUAGUUAUUAAAAAUCAUUAAAUUGUACUUCAAAAAGACUGAAGAAGAUAUUUAUAAAUUGUGAAAUGUG